AUAUACGCAGCUGAUCUGUGAUAAUUAAGCUUCAAAAAUAAAGCUAAAAAAGGGGAUAUUGAUGGAGUAUGAGGAUCAGCACGAGGGGGCCGGAGAGGGGGGAUUGGGCCCGACUUUCAGCGACCCGCCGCCGCAUCAGCCUCCCGCCGCCGCCGCCGCCGCCGCCGCCGACUCGGAGGCGCCGCAGCGGAGGCCCAAGUACAGGGAGUGUCAGAAGAACCACGCCGUCGGCCUCGGCGGUUACGCCGUCGACGGCUGCGGCGAGUUCAUGCCGGCGGGGGAGGAGGGCACAAUCGAAUUCCUCAAGUGCGCCGCCUGCAAUUGCCACCGCAAUUUUCACCGGAAGGAGUCGGCGGACGCCCCCGCGGCGGCGCCGCCUCCUCCGUACCCGCUCCUGAACCCGCACGGGCAUUUCGGAUACCGCGGGCCGAGCGGGUACCUUCAGGUGGCGGCGCCACCGCCGGGAGUGCAGAGGGCUACUCCGCCGCCGCUGGCCCUUCCGUCGAGCUCCGGCGGCGGCGGGGCGGCGAGCGGGUCGAGGGAUUAUAACGAAAUGGAGGAUUACUACUACUCGAACCCCAACGGCGGCGGCGGUGGGAAGAGCAAGCGGUUCCGUACGAAGUUCACGCAGGAGCAAAAGGACAAGAUGCUGAGCUUAGCGACGCGUUUGGAUUGGAAAAUUCAGAAACAGAACGAGGAGAUGGUGCAGCAGUUCUGCGUGGAGAUCGGAGUUAAGAGGCAUGUCUUCAAAGUGUGGAUGCACAACAACAAGAACACACUCGGUAAGAAGCUGCAGCUUUGAUGACGAUGAAGAUGAUGAUGUGGCCUUUCGAUUCAUCGAUUAUUCAGACAACAUCUCGAUCUUGAUCUUGAUCUUGUAGGGGAUUCCAUAGACAUAUAUGAUCUCUAAUUAUUUACUAGUAUUCUAUGCACCUAAAUAAUUAACAAACUCUAUAUAUAUAUUUCCAUUCCUGCUAGAUCAGUAAAUGCAGACAGAAAAAAACUUGUGGAUUCUGCAACCUCUCAUGGAGACAAUUGCUUGUGUGGUGUUCUUUAGUCUAUUGUGGCUGAACUUUCCCUAAAUUGGAUAAUUUAGGGUUUCCUUGCCCCUUUUUUUUAUUUAUAUUUCUUGUGUCUGAUUGCUGAUUCUCUUGCAUUAUCAUCUUCUUGUUUGAAGCUAGCUAGGUGUUCUUGAGUGGUUUUUUCCGUAUGGGUUUUUGUGGAAUGUAUGAUUUCUGUGAUUCUUGAAUUGGAUUAGAAUGUUGAAUAAGUUUAAGGAUGAUGGGCAUAUAUAGUUUGGUUG